AUGAAUAUUGCACAGCCCGUUGCCUCAUCGCUCGAGAGCGUCGAGUUUACACUGCUCACUGACGACGAGAUCCGCGCCAUCUCGGUCCGCCGAAUUGAGAAUGACAGCACCUUCGAUACUCUGCUCAACCCCGUGCCCGGCGGUCUCUACGACCCGGCCCUGGGGUCAUGGGGCGACACCCUGUGCAACACGUGUAAUCUCAACCAGGCGCAAUGCCCGGGCCACCCGGGCCACAUCGAGCUCUCUGUUCCGGUAUACCACCCCAUCUUCAUGGACCAGGCUUACCGUCUGCUGCGGUCGCAAUGUGUCUACUGCCAUCGGUUCCGACUCCCCCGCCGCGAAAUCCACCGCACUACAUGUAUGCUCCGUCUCCUCCAGGUUGGUCUGAUGCGCGAGGCGCAAAUAAUCGACGCCCUUUCCGAGAGCGAGUUUGGCUCCGAGAUUCGCCAAUUCGCCCUCAGUGACGUCCCCAUCCCCAACAUUGACGAGGCCGAAGAGGAGGGCGAGAAAGGCCAGGACAUCACCAUCCGCGAGAGGGAGGCAUAUGUGCGCCAUGCCCUCCAGGCCCACAAGUCAAUGGUCAACCUUGGCGACCUCCGGGAGGGCAAGCACGAGGGCUCCUCGGAAAUGAGGAGAACCCUUGUCAAGGAGUUCUUGGCCGCUAUAGUCCGCGAGAAGCGAUGCCGAUCCUGCGAGGGAAUAUCGCCUGUGUACCGCAAGGACCGCUACGUCAAAAUAUUUGAGCGCGACUUGACUCCCAAGGAGAAGGCAGCCAUGGCGCAGGCAGGGAGAAAGCGGACCGAGGCCAUGACCGUGACGCGAAACUCCAAGAGGCGGAACGGGGAUGACGAGGACGAGGGCAUUGCCGAUGUUGACCUGUCCUCGAACGAGUCCUCGGAAGAGCCCGAGGAUGAGGGUGAGGGCGAGGAACUAGACGAGAACGGCGACGUCGUCAUGGCCGACUCUGCGCCCAAGGCGCGCAAGUCAGCAAAGGCGGUCAAGGCAACCAAGGCCCAGCGUUAUCUCAGUCCCAUGGAGGUCAAGGAGAGACUGAACCUUCUCUUCGAGAAGGAACAGGACGUUCUCGCAGUGCUUUACAACUCGAAGCCUCGGCCUAAGAAUUCCAAGCCUAUCGACGCCGGCAUGUUCUUCAUUCAGACGCUCCUAGUCCCCCCAAACAAAUAUCGACCUGAGGCUCGUAUGGGAGACUCGCAAAUAUCUGAGUCGGAGCAAAACAACCUUUACAAAAUGAUUCUCCGGAAUGCUGUAAAGGUCGCGGAAAUCUCGCGGGUUAUCGGAGACCCUGCCAAUGCCGCUACAGAAGGUAGGAGGACAAGAGAUAUAUCCUCGCUAUAUCAAGUGUGGACGGAGCUGCAGGACGCCGUCAACUCGCUUAUCGACCGCGACAAGAACCCCAUUCAAGGCAAUGCCGGGAAAAGAAACGAAGACGGUAUCAAGCAGAAGCUUGAGAAGAAGGAAGGCCUGUUCCGGAAGAACAUGAUGGGGAAGCGAGUCAACUACGCUGCCAGAAGUGUUAUUUCUCCCGAUCCGAACAUCGAGACAAACGAGAUCGGCGUUCCUCCAGUCUUCGCCACGAAACUUACAUACCCCGAGCCUGUAACGAGCCACAACUUUAAGGAUCUUCAACAAGCUGUGAUCAACGGCGUUGAGAAAUGGCCGGGUGCCUCUGCGAUUGAGAACGAGAACGGUCAGAUUGUGAACUUGCGAAACAAGACUCUCGAGGACCGUUUGUCUCUUGCGAACCAGCUUCUUGCUCCCAGCAGCAACAAUUUCAGCGGCAUGCGGAACAAGAAAGUGCAUCGGCAUCUCACCAACGGCGAUGUCGUCCUCAUGAACCGUCAACCAACACUCCACAAGCCGUCAAUGAUGGGCCAUCGAGUGAGAGUCCUCCCAGGUGAAAAGACGAUUCGAAUGCACUACGCGAAUUGUAACUCGUACAACGCCGAUUUUGAUGGCGAUGAGAUGAACAUGCAUUUCCCGCAAAACGAGAUUGCACGGGCUGAGGCGCUGCAGCUUGCCGACACGGACCACCAAUACAUCUCCGCGACGGCAGGAAAGCCUCUCAGAGGUCUCAUUCAGGAUCACAUAUCCGUUUCGGUGGCGCUCUGCAACAAGGACACCUUUUUCGACCGGGAUGCAUACCACCAGCUCAUAUACGGUGCCCUCCGGCCAGAAAGCGGCCACAUUAUGGGUGAGAGGAUCGAACUGGUACCGCCGGCCGUGAUGAAGCCAGUGGCUCGCUGGACGGGAAAGCAAAUCAUCACAACGAUACUGAAAAACAUAAGGCCCGUGGACUGCGGCGACCUAUGGAUGAAUGGCGAAUCCCAACUCAAGGCCCGCAGCUGGGGAGAGGGCGGGGUGGAAGAGCAGAUGGUCAUGUUCCGCGACGGCGAGUUUGUGACUGGAAUUCUCGACAAGUCACAGCUGGGCCCGAGCGGAGGGGGACUGAUCCACGCAGUGCACGAAGUCUACGGUCCGUCGGCUGCCGGCAAGCUUCUUAGUAGCAUGGGCCGGCUCUUGACCCGAUACCUGUCUAUGAUUGCAUUCACUUGCGGCAUGGACGACCUUCGCAUGACACCGCAAGGUGAGCAGGACAGGCUCAGGGUGCUCAAAGCUGCUUCCGAGAUUGGACUCGAGGUAGCGGCCAAGUACGUCUCGCUCCAGGACCAGAACCCCACCAAGGACCACCCGCUACUUAUGGAGCGCUUGGAGGAGGUCAUGAGAGACGACAAGAAGCAGGAAAACCUUGAUCAUCUCGUGACGGCAAGGUGCUCGGAUCUGUCCAGCGCAAUCACCAAGGAGUGUCUCCCCACCGGUCUGCAGAAGCAGUUCCCCAAGAACCACAUGCAGGCCAUGACUACUUCAGGAGCAAAGGGCGGUCCUGUCAAUGCCAAUCUAAUCUCCUGCAACCUUGGCCAGCAGGUGCUGGAGGGCCGAAGAGUCCCGCUCAUGGUUAGCGGAAAGUCUCUACCGAGCUUCGACCCCUACGACACGGAUGUGAGGGCUGGAGGGUACAUUAUUAAUCGCUUCUUGACGGGCAUCCGGCCCCAAGAGUACUACUUCCAUCACAUGGCUGGCCGUGAGGGGUUGAUCGACACAGCUGUCAAGACAUCUCGCUCCGGUUACCUCCAGAGAUGUCUAAUUAAAGGUUUGGAGGGCCUCAGAGUCUCGUACGAUAGUUCUGUGCGAGACUCGGACGGAUCAAUAGUGCAGUUCCUGUUCGGCGAGGAUGGCCUCGACAUAUCGAAGCAGAAAUACCUCAAAGACUACGAGUUCCUCCUCCAGAACCUCGACUCGGAGCUCGCGCAGAUCAAAUACAGCGAACCCGGCACACAGAAAUUCUUUGAGCACAAGGACGAGAUCAUCAAGCGGAUGAAGAGCGCCAUCAAGUCGAGUGGCGGCCACAAGGCCCCGCUGGACCCGGUGACGUCCGAAUUUGACCCGGCGUGCGUUGGCUUUGCCACGUCGGAAAAGUUCUUCUCCCACAUGAUGGGAUACGUCAAGACCAACAAGGAUGGGUUAAUCCGGGACAAGAAGGAUGCCAAGAAGAAGAGCCAGGUUACCCGCAAGACUGCCGAGAAGUUCCUGGCCGCCAAGUACAUCCGGUCCCUCGUCGAGCCUGGGGAGGCUGUCGGAGUCGUUGCCGGCCAGUCAGUUGGAGAGCCGUCGACACAAAUGACACUCAACACAUUCCAUUUAGCCGGCCAUUCAGCUAAGAACGUGACGCUCGGUAUUCCCAGACUUCGCGAAAUCCUCAUGACGGCCAGUUCGAAUAUCUCGACUCCCUCGAUGACGCUUGUCCUCAACGAGGAGUUGACGCCCGAUGAAGGGGAGCGGUUUGCAAAGUCUAUCAGCGUCCUCCCGCUUUCCCAUGUCACGAAAGAGGCAGUUGUGCGGGAGCGUGUCGGCCGCGGCGUUGCUCUCGCUCUGGCGAAGACGUACCAAAUAAGACUGCGCUUCUUUGAAGCGGCGGAAUACAAAAAGACGUAUGCGAUCGACGUUCAGGACGUGCUCCAUACGGUAGAGAAGAAGUUCCUUCCUCUCCUUAACAUCAUGAUAAACAAGGAGGUAAAGAAGAGAGGCCAGGAGACGAGCUCUGCCACGCCUGAAAUCGGCGUCAAGGCGGGCGUCGUUGAAAUGGCACCGAGCGGCGGCGAGAACGGAGGAGGCCGUGCCGGUGACGACGACGGCGAUGAUGACGAGGACGACGACGGAGACGCCACAACCGCCAAGCAAAAAGCCAACAGGUCAGAAGCAGUCUCGUACGGCCCGAACGACGACGAGGACGACGCGAUUCAAAAGCAGAACCAGCGAGAGGCCGAACCCGACGAAGAGGGCGAGGAGAGGCUGGACUUUGUCGAUGGGGCGAAUGGCGGCAGCCCAGAACCCGAGGAGAAUGGAGAUGGCGAGAAGGACACGCAAGGCAUGACACGUUCGGGGCGCAUCAUGGAGAGGAUCUCCAGGGUGUCUCGGUUCCGGAGCGACGAAAUUGGCGGGGAGUGGGUCGAGUUUCUGCUCGAGUACGACGUGUCGAUGCCCAAGAUCCUGAUGCUCAACCUGGUGCAGGAGGCCGUGAAGAAGGCCGUGAUCCAGCAGAUUUCGCAGCUCGGGACGGCGACGUUUGCAGAGGACAACGUCAAGGACCUGCGGACCGAGGAGACGACCAAGCGGAACGUCGUGCACACGCAGGGAGCCAACCUGCGGGCCAUGCAGCAGUACGCCGACUACAUCAACCCCAACCUAAUAUCAACAAACGAUAUUGCUCAGGUGCUCGACGUGUACGGAGUCGAGGCGUGCCGGGCCAACAUUGUUCAAGAGCUUGGGGGCGUCUUCGGAGGCCACGGAAUCUCAGUCGACCCCCGCCAUUUGAACUUGAUUGCCGACUUCAUGACCAGGUAA